CUGUUGGGCGAUUACGCUGUACUGAGAGUAAACCCAGACGUCAAGGAAGUCCCAAUCCCUAGCUUCCCAUCAGCGACAAUCAUGGGUUUACUCUCAUGGUGGAAGGGCAAGAAAUCUAAUCCUCAACCCAAGCCUAUUGACAAUUCCAACACCGCAACGACCACGAAGCCCACUGAGGCCCCCGGCAUGAACGGAGCAAUGGAGGUUCCCCGACCACCUAACUUCAACGUCUCCGUUUUCGAGUUCGGCUCCGUUGCCGCUUCCGCCGACAAGGUCACCCUCGCUGGUUAUUGCCCUGUCUCUGAAGAACUCGAACCCUGCCGCUGGGAAAUCCUGCCCGCCAGUGCCUCAGACGCUCCGCAGUUUCGCGUCGUCUUCGGUUAGAACUAAAGUAUCUCGGUUUGGAAGAGUUGAAGAAACAGAUCUUUCAUUUAAAUUGUAAUUUCAACCGUCAGUACAGGCUCUUCUUGUCUCUUGGAUGCUUAGUAUGUUAUAAUGCGAGCACAUGACACAUGACAUCUGUUGUCAUCAACUCUUAACCUGCUUAGACAAGUGUGCUUUCAAAUUGGCUGACAAUUCAAUUGAGUCUCCAAUUUACUGAUAUUUACAGCCAUGGUUAAAUGAACUGCUUGUCCUAUAGUAUACACGCAAAGAAUAAGGAUAAAAGUUUUUGCGCUCGCAUUCUA